CUCCUGCACACGGUCAUGACCUCCCAGCUGCAUUUCUGCGGCCCCAGCCACAUCCACCACUUCUUCUGUGACAUCAAGCCUGUGGUGAGACUGGCUUGCGACAGCAACCAGCUCAACCUCCACCUUCUCAGCAUCGUCACCGGGACCAUUGUGGUAGGGCCCUUUGUCUUCACACUCUUUUCUUACCUGUACAUUUUUUCCUUCCUCCGCUUGAAAGUUGAGUCCAAGGAGGGAAGGAGGAAAGCCUUCUCCACUUGCAUCUCCCACCUCACGGUAGUCGCCUUGUUCUAUAUCCCUGUCGUUUCUAAYUAUGUGCCACCGUCCUCAAGRAAUUCAGCCAAGAGGGAUAUGAUAGCCACCCUGCUGUACAGUAUGAUCACGUCYGUCCUCAACCCUUGGAUCUACACCCUGAGGAAUGUGGAGGUGAAACGUGCCCUAAAGAGAAGACUUUUCUCCAAAGAGCUGCUAGUAUAAAACCUGUUCUUGCUUGCACUGUGUGCAGGGAAGUAGGCGAUGGGAACUGCAGCCAGAGGAGCUUUUGGUCUGGGGUCCUUCAGAGGAACCCUAUGAACUCAAUGUAAUCUCAGGUCUUCUGUCU